AGAAGAACUUGUCACCGGCUGAGAUGCGCAUGUGCAAGAUAGCUAGCUGUUUAUUAAGAGUUGCUUUAAUUGUGGUAAAAUUUCACGUUCAGGCAGCAUUAUUGUAAAAUUUCGCUCCAUUUAUUUAUUUAUUUAUUUUUUACUAAUCUUUAUUCCACCCGAGCGUUGUGGGGUGGAUUAAAUCCACAGUUUGUCUAGCGAACGUUAGCGAAAGGUGGCUAACGUUAGCAAACAGUCGCAGGGCAAGAUGGACGAGCCUUGUGCAGCCGCCGCGGUGCCGGAGGAGAGCGCUCAGAAGUCGGCCAUGGACAGAGACGAUGGAACCGCGGAGCGUCCAUCUGCAGAGGAGGCGGCUGGCAGGGCCGAGCGUUUCUGCUGUCUGGAUUGCGGCGAAGCUUUCAGCGAGGAGGCGGCGUACUCGGAGCAUCGCCACCGGCACCCUCCACAAAACCCGCAUUCAGACAGCCGGCCUGCUGGUGCACUUGCUGCUGAAAGGGACAACGAAACGCUUAUAUUUUUGCACUUGCUGUCCUCAGUCGUUUGCCGAGAUGAUGGACCUGCACUUACACAUGAAGGACCUCCAUCAGCUCUCGCCGAUCGGUCCUGGGACAACGAAGCGGCACGCCUACAAAUGCUCAGACUGCGGCAAAUCGUACACAUCGAUCGGACACUUUCUCAACCAUCAGCGCUCACACAGGCAGCCCUCCAAAUCCGUUUUUCACGACUUGGAGCAUUUGAAAAAGAAGUCGUUCCGGUGCGAGUCCUGCGGGAGGAGCUACUCCCGCGCUUCGGCCCUGGACGCUCACCGACGCUGCCACGAAGAGAAGCUGGUCAAGUCGAAGAGCAGGAGCGCCGGAGAAGCGUCUCAGGCGGCAGAGCCGGCAGCGGAAGCCAAACCGAGCGACGGUCCAACAGCGGAGGAUUGUGAAAAGCCUUUUCAGUGUUUGUGCGGCAAAGCCUUCUCCAGCACGAUGCGCCUGAAAACCCAUCAGAGGUUUAGCCGCAAACCUCUUUGCUCUCCAGAGGAGAAUAAGCAAAAACGAAAGAAGGGCUGCGGCGAGUUUUACUGCGGCGAGUGCAACAAGGCGUUCAGUGGCCACAUCGCCCUCUUCAAUCACCGGCGGUGGCACGCCAAUCACUCGGACGACUCGGCGAACAGGUUCCCCUGUGAGGAAUGCGGAAAGGUAUUCAUGACCCUGACGUUCUACUACAAACACCAGCGGACGGCACACAGCCUAGAGACGCCUUCCAAAUCCUUUCAUCACCAAGUGCGUCAGCUCCAAAAGAGGGCGUUCCAGUGUGAAGACUGUGGGCUAAAAUUCUCCCGGGCUUCGGCGCUUCAGUCCCAUCAGCUUCAGCACACGAGCGUUUUCAGAGAAACCGAGACGGCGCCUUCAGAGUCGUCCCAGAGGGUGUUGGAAAGUGUGCAGAAAGACGACGAGCGCCCGGAGGCUGCGGCGGAGGGAAGCGCGCAGCCAGAAACGUCGCCUCCCACCGGUGCGGGUGGAGAACACCAGACAGACGGCACGGACGAAGAGACGGAGAGCUACGAGCCGGGGGACUUCAUCGUACAGGUGAUUAGCGCCAGCGAGUCCGAGGACGAGGCCGUCCAAGAGCCGAACCCCGAUCUGGAGCUGCUGUGCGAAUCGGACCAGGAGUUGAGAGAGGAGGACGUUUCCCCCGGAAGUCCGGUCUCAAAACCGGAAACGGACUUGAAAAUCGUCCAGAUUGACUUUGAGCAAAGCUCGCUGUGUGCACUGAUGGGCAGCGUGGCCCAGCUGAAAUCUGCAGAGGAUAGGUUUGAUUGCCCCGAGUGUUAUCGGUCGUUUAACAACCCCUCCUCGCUGCGCGUGCACAGAAUGUGGCACGGCGUUCGUAGAAGACGGCCGAGUCCGGCCCGGUCAGAGGCAGCUGACGGUUGUGGUACAUUUCCACAGGAGAGCCAGGCCCAGAGCGGCGGUGCGACAAAUCAGGGCGACGCCGGCGUAGAAGAGAAGGCUUUCAUCUGCAGCGAGUGCGGUCAGGUUUUCUCCCAGCCGUCUGCUUUAGUGUCGCAUCAGUCGCAGCAUCCCAGAAGGAAGCAGUUCCAGUGCCCGCAUUGCGCCGCGUCCUAUUUGCACGCAGCCAGCUUGUUUAACCAUUUGAAAACCUGCCCAACACAAAAGAGGGAGAAUAUCUCCGUGAGUAAGAAAGAAUACAACCCAAAUAAAACCCUUCUGGGUCCAAAGAUCUACCAUUGCGAGCAGUGUGGGAAGGGCUUCUGGUCCUUGGGGGCGUACUCUCAUCACAAGCAACAUCUGACGGAGUGCGUGGAUCUGAGGCUCCGGAAAGGCGUGUCGGGGUCUCCGCACUCGAACGGACGCUCGCGCUCCGGCAUCAAGGUGGCGUGCCCCGUGUGCGGCAGGAAGUUCCGCCACAAGGGCAUCAUGGCGCUGCACAUGCGCAAGCACGAAAACGGCAACCACAAGUGCGAGCUCUGCGGCCGCUCCUUCCGGCUGUUUUCCAGCCUGCUCAGGCACGAGGUGGUGCACAGCGACCAGCUGCUCCCGCCGCCCGCCAAGUCCUUCCAGCAUCAGCUGGAGCAGCUGAAGAAGAACACGUACGGCUGCCCCGACUGCGGCAAGCUGUUCUCGCGGGCCAAGGCGCUGCAGUUUCACAUGAAGAGCCACGGCUACGAGACGGGCCGCUCCCCGGGGGCCGCGGCGGCUGCGAGGGAUCUGCAGUGUGCGACGUGCUUUGCCCAUUUCAGCAAGAAGUCCUCGUUAAGGGCCCACCAGAAGCUUUGCAUUAAACGAUGCGAAGAGGGAGGAGCGAAGACGGAACGGCCCGAAAACGAGGCCUCAAAAGCAGAGCGUAUGGACGGCGAGGGGCCGGAACCGUCCGAGAAAUCAAAAGAAGGGGACAGGGAAGCCCUGAAGGGGACAAAGGAGAACAACUCGGGGUCAAAUAAUCUGAGGUACAAGCGCAAGAUCUGUGACAAAGGCUCUUCAGAUGUUGGAGACCUGAACUCAAAGCAGCGCGGGAAAUCAACUUCGUCUCUCUCUGUGACGUUAAAGAUGACCAAGAAGAAGAAGAAGAAGGAGGAGCAGAGCAAAGGACUGCUGCACUGCUCGGACUGCGGGAGGCGUUUCGCCACCAAGUCUGCGCUGGGCUCCCACAGGCGAUGGCAUCGGAACAGGAAGUGUUCGCCGUCUUCGCUCAGAGAAGACGCCUCCGGCUCUGUCGGUCACACGGCCGAGGACGGAGGAGGUUUUGAGUGUGAGAAAUGCGGCAAACAUUUCUUCAACCGUCACGUCCUCCAGCGCCACUGGAUCUUUAAUCCUCGGUGCCUGACCAGGGCGGAUCCAGAAUCCAACACGGACCUGGACAGAAACGCGUCACCGGAGCAGUUUUCAUGUCCAGAGUGCGACCAGGCGUUUGAGCGAGUUUCUCUUCUGGCUUCUCACUUCCAAAGUGAGCAUCGUAAAAUUUUGGAGGCAGGAGAACCUGGUGGAGAGCCCUCAGAGCGGGUCGGUGUCCGCCCCGCUGGGAGUGAACCCUCGUCAUCAGCGGUGAAGGGUAAAAGCCAUCGCUGUCCGCUCUGCUCCAUGACCUUUGAGAAGGCGAGAGGUCUGCGUGCCCAUAAAUGGCAGGCCCACUCCCAACGCAAAAACAGCAAAAACCAGCCGCCUCCCAGAGCCAAGGUCGAGCAAACGGCCUUAAAAGACAAGGGGGACCAGGCCGAGCCCCCUGUGAUCAUCUCCAAAGAGACGAAGGACGUUCUGUCAGAUCCCCAACCUGAGACGUCUGUCCCGUGUUCUGACGCUGGGGAAAAGUCCAGCCCUGCAGACGCUCCUCCUCCCCCUAACAGGGUUUGUCCGGAGGCCAAGCAGAAGGCGGAGACCGCCGAGGCCCCGGACGAGGCUUCCCCUCCGCCCAGCUGUGUCGGCGAGCUGGCGGUGAAAUGCCUCUUCAAGUGCGAUAAAUGCGGCAAAGCCUUCCAGACCGAGGAGCAGCUGGAAAGCCACAAGAACAAGGCAAAGAGCCGGCCGUACUGCUGUGCCCUGUGCUGCCACGGCUUCUGGACGGAGAGCCAGCUGCAGCAGCACCUGGCCUGGCACGACCAGGUGCGCUGCCGCCUCCCCAACGAGGUGCGCCUGUGGCUCAGCGCCGCUGUCACCUCCAAGCCUUUCCAACGCAACGUCCCCAACGCCACCGCCGCCGCCGGCAAAGGAACAGCAUCUGCCGCCAGCGAGCUCGCCCUCGACCCCGCCGGCCUGGCGAGGCUCACCCACCGGUGCGAACACUGCGGCAACGCCCUGCAUUCGCCGGCGGCGUUGCAGAAACACAAAGCUCAGUGCGGCAGCGGCAGCCGGGCGUCGUACCGCUGCUCUCUUUGCCCCAGGAUGUUCAGACACAUCCAGGAGUUUCUCGAUCACCACCAGGAGUGUGUCCGCUCCCUCACCAGCGGCCUUAAUCCGCCCUGAAUGUAGGAACCCCGGCCUCCUGCAGCAGCUUCUCACAGAGCGUGCUCACAAGCCAAACUACAAAAGAAAACAGACUUGUUGCUCCUUUCCACACCUGCGUGACGUGUCCGGCUCCCUGUUCUCAGGCUUUUCCUCUAGCACUGGACCAGUAUCACUGUAAAUGUGAAUGUACUACCGCUGUUUUUUUGUUUUUGUUUUUCUCUGAGCCAACUUUUAAAUAUGUUGCAAGUGGAUGAAUGUCUAAGCUUUGCUCUGCCUUUAUAGGGAACGGGGUUUUUGAAGUGUUUGUGUUUAUAUUUGGAGAGAACGAUGAGCAUUAUUACAUUAAAUUACGACAUCGGCGUUGCUUAUGCAGUCAGAUGUUCAAGAUGAGAUGCUGCACUAAAAAACAAAGCUGCACUGCUACUUCAAAGGUUUAUAGAUGAUAUUGAUAUUUUAACCCAAAUAUGGACGCUUUUCCUGCUGUUUUGAAAUGCUGUGGAUUUUUAGUGAAUGUACUAUUAUAUAUAAAUUUCACAGCAAGCACAGUGUUGAAGUCUUGUAAAGCAUAUUCUGCAGUGUUUGAUGCUCUGGUGUUUUUCUUUAUAUGUUAUGUGCACCUUCGUGGAAAGACUACUAAAUAUGGUGUUUACGUUCCUGUAGGACUGCUGUCGUUAAUAUUUGCCCCUUUCUGAUUGUGUCUUUAUGUUCAGUGUUUCGUUUGACUUGUUUAAGUUGCUGUUUCAGAAACAGAAGAUAAAAUUGUUUGAACCUUG